AUGGGUCUGACUAAGUGUAACAAGGCUGUUUGUGGACAUCUGGAGCUCAAAUGGGCAACCACUGAGGCAGUGGACCAUCAAUAUCAGAUAUGCAUGAAGAGUGAAGAGAAACCUGAAGCAGAAAGAGCCGUAGUAGAAGAUAUUGUUAAAGUCCAGUCAGGAAACAAGGAAGACAGUAAAAAUAGAGAAGACAGUCUUGUAGAAAUUUGCCUGAUGCACCCCCUCGAUGUGGUGAAAACCAGGUUCCAGAUUCAGAGAUGUGCAACUGAUCCAAACAGUUAUAAAAGCUUGGGAGACAGCUUUCGAACAAUUUUCCGAAUAGAAGGAUUGUUUGGUUUUUACAAGGGGAUUCUGCCACCAAUCUUGGCUGAAACACCAAAAAGAGCAGUGAAGUUUUUCACCUUUGAGCAAUACAAGAAAUUGCUAGGAUAUGUGUCACUGUCGCCAGCAUUGACGUUUGCCAUUGCUGGAUUAGGAUCUGGACUAACAGAAGCUAUCGUGGUUAACCCUUUUGAGGUAGUAAAAGUUGGCUUGCAAGCGAAUCGGAACAAAUUUACAGAGCAACCAUCCACGAUGAGUUAUGCAAGACACAUCAUUAAGAAGGAAGGCUUGGGACUCCAGGGCCUCAACAAAGGAUUUACAGCAACUUUGGGACGUCAUGGGGUUUUCAACAUGGUUUAUUUUGGCUUCUACUACAAUGUCAAAAACAUUAUUCCUGUCAAUAAGGAUCCAACCUUGGAGUUUUUGAGAAAAUUUGGGAUUGGUCUUCUCUCGGGCACAAUAGCCUCAGUCAUUAACAUCCCUUUUGAUGUUGCCAAAAGUAGGAUUCAAGGGCCUCAACCAGUUCCUGGAGAGAUCAAGUACAGAACCUGUUUUAAAACAAUGGCAACAGUCUACCAGGAAGAAGGGAUUUUAGCUUUGUACAAAGGCCUGCUUCCCAAGAUUAUGAGGCUUGGACCAGGUGGUGCAGUGAUGCUGCUGGUUUAUGAAUACACCUAUACAUGGCUUCAGGAGAACUGGUGA